AUGUGGUCGAUAAGAAAUGGGAGUCGGCAAGUGUAAGUUCACUUUUUUUUAUCGUUUGAUCUUUUCGUAGCCUUUUUUGGUCACCAGUUUACUGUUUGGUUAGGUUUGAAGGGAACGUCGCAAGAACUUUGGGGAAUUUAAUUUAUACCUAAAAUAAGGUCGGAAAUUUUCAGUGAAGGUAAAAUGCGGAGUGAAACGGCCUUUGAAAGAUGAUUAAAGCAAUAUUAUGCAAGAAAAUGCGCGUUCCCGUCUUAUUUUUGAUCAAAUUCGGGACAAAAUCGACUUUUUUUGAAAUUUUAGGUAUCUUUUGUCUAAAACAAUAUUUUCUUGGUAUAAAAUAGCGUUCUUAUGGCGAUCUAUGGCACUUAGCACUAAUCCGGUCGCAGUGUAUACGCUAUAGACGCAAAAUUUUCUGAUUUUACUAGGAUUUUUGAGAAUGUGUUAUUUUAGGUAACAGCAAAUUUUUGAAAGGUCAAGUUCUCGCCGAGAAUAGGUAAAAUACGAAUGGUUUUCUUGAUACGGUUCAUAAUAUCUUUUAUGUUCAAAUUUGAAAAAUAUAGGGUUUUGAAAUUUUAGGUACCUUUUGUCGAAAACAAUAUUUUUUUGAUAAAGACUGUCAGCUUAUAGCGAUUGACUGCCUCAGUUUACUUUUUACCGGCAUGAUAAGGAUUCAGGAUGUAAAAUUUACUGGUUUUAGAAAGCUUUUUGAAAAAAAAUAUUAUUUUAGGUAUAAAAAUUCUAGAAUAUAACAAAUUUUGUUCAUAUAGGUAAAAUACGAGCUGGAAAAGGCCAUAUUUUUAAUUCGAAUACUUAAAACAAUCUCUGCAUAGGCUUAUUUCCAGAUUCUGCGCCAUGUCCUCGCACCCGCAGCAAUUCGUCGUUAAAACGGCGGAGAUGCGCCGUUUCGUGGUGGAUUGCAUGAAAGCCGUCGGUGCCAGCGGCGAUAAUGGCGGGAAAGUGGCGGAUCUUCUGAUUUGUGCCGAUCUCCGGGGCCAUUAUUCGCACGGCCUGAACAGAUUGAGGAUUUACAUGGAGGACUGCAGAAGUGGAAAUUGCGCGGCAAAUGCUGAACCUAAAGUAAAAUUGGGGUUCAAUUUUGUUGUAUUUGUGGCCUAGAAUUAGUUUUUGGUGUGAUAAAUUUAUGGAAUUUCGAAAUGUAAUCAAAUUUUGCAUUUUCGAGAAUUUCCAAAAAAUCCGUCAUUGUGACAUCUUCUUGGACACACCCUGUUCCUAGAAAAAGAAAUAAAUAUAUCUUACUGAAAUAUACAGGUCAUUUCAAAAAUUUUCACGUAAAAUACGACCACAUACCAUCAUUGUUGCUAUUAGGAUGACGGAUUUUUUGGACAUUCAAAAAUUGCGCUGAAAUUUUACAAAUUUGCUUUUCAGAUUCUGAAGCAAAAAGGAGCCACGGCUUGGGUGGACGGUCAGAAUGGACUCGGAGCCGUAGUUGGGCAUUUUUGCACGGAUCUGGCCGCGAAAUUGGCCAAGGAGCACGGGAUUGGAUGGGUGGUUUGUAAGGGCUCCAAUCACUAUGGAAUUGCUGGAUAUUGGCCAUUACUACUCAAGAAGGAGGGACUGAUUGUAAACUGUUUUAAUUUUUAUAAUUUUUUCUGAUUUUUGUUUUGGCGAGCUGCGCCCCAGCUUGAGAAAAUUUUGGGAUUUGAAAAAUAUUUUGACAAAAAAUUGAUGCUAAAAUUUCAGGGGAUGUCAGGAACGAACACUUCGCCUUUGGUCUUUCCAAACAGGGCGGCACAGCAUGCCUUGGGUACGAAUCCAUUAGCAGUUAUUGCUGGAGGUCAUGGAGAAGAUGAUUUUGCUCUGGAUAUGGCAACUUCUGCGGUUGCAUUGGGAAAAAUAGAGCUGGCCGAGCGGAAAGGCGAGCAAAUUCCACUUCAGUGGGGUGCGGAUAAGGAUGGGAAAGCCACUCAGGACCCUGUGGAUGUAACUCAACGAGGAGGCGGACUUUUGCCUCUAGGAGGCGCUGAAGAGACAGGUAUGGAUUGUAAUUUCGUAAUAUAGCAUUUUAAGACAUUGUUGACAUUUUAGGAUAGUUGACAGCUCAAUUUAUCAAUAUAAAUUAUAUUAUACCUGACUAUAUUAUUUUAGGUGGAUAUAAAGGAACGGGUCUUGGAAUGAUGGUAGAACUCUUCUCAGCCAUCCUCAGUGGCAGCACCUUCGGGAAGAACGUUCGAACCUGGAGGGAUGUGGACAGAAUCGCCGAUUUGGUAAAGAUUUUUAUAUUGUACUUGAUGGUUUUAGGCAGAAACGGAAAAAGAUGUCGAUCAAUUAGUGAUAAAUAUUUGCAGGGGCAAUUUUUUGUCGCAAUCGACCCAGAAUGCUUUGCUCCCGGCUUUUCUGAUCGCCUUCAGGACUUUAUCGAUCAAACUCGAGGACUGCGACCCGUCGAUCCCGCCAAAAAAGUGUUGAUCCCUGGAGAUCCAGAGAGAAUUAAUAUUGAGAAGAGCGAAAGCGUUGGUGGAGUGAUAUACGGUCAGAAGCAAUUGGAUCAUCUGGUAGGUUAUUUUGAACGGUUUUGGAUUUGGAAUUUGAAUUUCCCGCUUUGUUUUUAAAAAUUUGGCAUUGUGUUGCAACUGAAAAAACAGGGUUUUAUGGUAAAAUACGGCGUUGCAAUACCGAAAUUUUUGAGAAGAGAUUGUUUUUAGUCGAAAAUCUGGGUCUCCCGCCGAUUUUUCGAAAUUUUGGCAUUCCGUUUCAACCCUGAAUUUUUGCAAUUUUCAGCUGGACCUUGGAAAAACUCACAAAGUGCAGCCAUUUACUUACAAUCCUGUCAACUGA